UCCUUGCUGAUUGGCUAGCUGAGGGUUGGCGUGUUGCGGCCGCUGGGGACUUCUCAGCGGCCGCUCCGGCCCCUGUCGCGUGCUUUAGCCUCACUUUCUUGGCUGGGAGCAUUCUUUGGUGCUGGCCACGACAUGUGGCGCCUGACGGGACUCCUGGGCCGAGCUCUUCCCCGCCUACUGGGACCUGGUUUCCGGGGGGUGACACCCAAACCUCCCAGUCCUGAUGGGCCUCGGACAACCUCUUCUACCCUACUGGUCCCUGGACCCAGUUUUGACAGGUCAGGCCCACAUGGCCCAAGGAGCAACAGGAAGCCAAAGUGCCAUGGAUGGAAGGAUGCCUUCCAUUGGAUGUCUGCUCGUGUCUCCCCAAACACCCUAUGGGAUGCCAUCUCAUGGGGCACUCUGGCCGUACUGGCCCUGCACCUGGCAAGGCAGAUCCAUUUCCAGGCAUCACUGGUAGCAGGACCUCAGCCAGCUGAAAGCUGCUCUUGGCGCAGUCCCCUGUACCGCUUCCUCUCCUUUCCCUGGUGGCACCUGCACUCCUCACUGCGGAGGCAUGUUCUUCCCAGGCCUGAUUGCCCAGCUCCCGGGUACGCUGGCCUCCAGGAAUCGAGGCUGAGACAGGAAGAACCCUCAGUUCAGUCCCAGUGCCUUCCCUCAAACAGCUUGCCGAGAACUGGUCUCCAGAACCCACUCGAGGAAGAGCCCAGUGACUUUGGCUUCCUGCAUGCUAGCAGGGACUUCACAUCCAAGACAAAAGCAGCUGAGGCCCACCCCGCUGGUGAAAAGAAGGAACAAGACAAGUCCAAGGCCCUUCCCCUAGAGGAAGCUGUGGCUUCUAUCCAGCAGCUCUUCCAGCUCAGUGUCUCCAUCGCUUUCAACUUCCUGGGGACAGAGAGCAUGAAGAACGGGGACUACACAGCAGCUUUCUCCUACUUCCAGAAAGCUGCAGAUCGUGGCUACAGCAAAGCGCAGUACAACGUGGGCUUGUGUCACGAGCAUGGCAGAGGCACCCCCAGGGAUCUCAGCAAGGCAGUCCUCUUUUACCAUCAGGCUGCCAUCCAGGGCCAUAGCCUGGCUCAGUACCGUUAUGCAAAGUGCCUGCUGCAAAGCUCAGGCUCUUCCUGGGACCCUGAGCAGCAGAGGGCAAUGUCUAUACUGAAGCAGGCUGCAGACUCGGGCUUGAGAGAGGCCCAGGCUUUCCUUGGAGUGCUUUUCACCAAGGAGCCACACCUGGAUGAGCAGAGAGCUGUGAAGUACCUUUGGCUGGCAGCCAGCAAUGGGGAUGCUCAGAGCAGGUACCACUUGGGAAUUUGCUAUGAGAGGGGCCUUGGUGUGCAGAGGAACCUGGGAGAGGCUGUGAAGUGUUAUCAGCAGUCAGCAGCUGUGGGAAAUGAGCCUGCCCAGGAGAGGCUGCAGACCCUGUUUUCCAUGGAGGCAGCAGCCUCAGGGCCCAACCACCUGGCCAUGACAGGAUUGAAGUCUUUCUCCAGUCCCUCUCUCUGCAGCCUGAACACCCUGUUGGCAGGUGCCUCGGGCCUUCCUCACGCUUCAAGCACUGGGAACCUUGGCCUCUUCUGCAGAAGUGGCCAUCUUGGAGCCAGCCAUGGAGCCCCCAGCAGGGCUCUCCCCUCCUUGGAAAGGAGUCUUGUAAGACUGGGUUUUGGCUAAGACGGAAGGAGUUCCUUGCCUGAAUGCCUGCAUAUGUCUGCUUCGUGUGUUUCAGACUUCCACCUUAAAGAUGGACAUUGUGAGCUCUCAAAGAUAUCACAACUUGAGUCCCAAAGAAGAGGCCAAUUAGCUACUUCCCAGAAAUUUUGAGCACCUCUGCAGCACUGUAAAGAAGAGGAAUAUAUGUGAAGACCCAGGUUCUGGCUCUGCUACUGUCCCCGCUACUGGCCUAGCCAUGUCACCUGGAAGCAGUGACCCUAUUUGCUAACAUUGUUACCUUAUUGUAGACCAACAGCAACGGUGUGUGCUUUCCUACCUUACAGGAUGGAGGUGUGGGCAUUUCACCAAAGAAAGGACUUUACUGCUUGCUUAGGCCCCUAAAGGCAGGUUGAUACUCACAGUUCCAUGGCCUUAUAAAUCACCAGGCCUUGAUGAGGACCAAAGCUGGCCUCCUUACUCCAGCCCAGGUUUUUGGUCUAUGAGUUCACAUUGCAAUGUUAUGUGAAAGGAUUAUCAUUGCCCUGCUGAUGUAGGAGUGCCAAUAGAGAUUGGGUACCUGGAGUCUUGGAUCCAGUGGAGAUCAUGAGCCCUUUUAGGGAAAGGUGAGCUGGGAAUAUACAAGUGUUUAAUAAAACAGAUGGUGGAUUAUCUUGUCA